AUGUUUCUAGCGGCGGUAGCAAGACCGAGAUUUGAUUCAUCGGGCAACAAAGUUUUUUCGGGAAAAAUAGGUAUCUAUCCAUUUACAACAUUGGAACCCGUUAAACGUUCAAGCAAAAACCGUGUUGCGGGAACAUUGGAGACAAAGCCUAUUCUAUCGGUGAACAAAGAGAUAACAAAGUCAUGGUUGAUAGAAAAAGUUCUACCGGAUAUUAGAGCUAAAUGGCCGCGAGGUCAUACGGGUCCCAUAUUUAUUCAACAAGACAACGCAAAGCCCCAUGUUGAUGUUAAUGAUAGCGAGUUUCUUGAAGCGGCAUCUCGAGAUGGGUUUGAUAUUCGACUUUGUUUUCAGCCCCCAAAUUGCCCGGAUUUGAAUGUGUUAGACCUUGGAUUUUUCCGGGCAAUACAAUCACUUCAAGAACAAGAGGCUUUAGAGAUCAUGAAGAUUCAAGGUGUCAACAACUAUAAUGUACCGCAUAUUGGUAAAAAUAGGUUAGAACGACAAGGUCUUGAUGGAUGCAUGCAACACUUUGUGUUUCGCUCUCGAGUGUUCAAAAAAGGAUAGUUGCUUCCAUAAAACAUAAGAAAAUGCUUCUUGGAAUUUUGUUUGGAAGCUUACGUCAGUAUGCAUGCUAGUAACUACUCUGUAUGAUGUUUCAAUCCCAAAUUGAUAAUAUUACUCUUAUUAUUUUUCUUAGUUUAAAAAAUUGGUGUUUACAUAUAAUUAUAAGAUUUUAGUAUAUGUUAAUAUCCUUUUAAUUGUAUUGUUUCUGCACAAUGCUGCCAAUUCAUAUUUAAUACAAUUUAUCUACCUAG